CAAAAAACAAUUUAAAAUGGCGACUUACACAGGUUUAAUUCUUCGUAUAAAAGGCAAGGAUACAAAGUUGCCAGAUAAGCUGAAAUUGGCCAAAUUCGCCUGGGUCAAUGAAUCUGUACACAUUCCCAAUAAAAAUCAACAGAUCCUUGAGUUUAUUUGUGGCCUUCUUAUUAACAAGAAAAAGCACAACCUCUCUAAAGAGGAUAUACAUCGUACGUGGGAAACUCUUGAUAAACUUCUUGACACAUGCAACCAGCCAGUAGUACUUAAACCAUCAAUAUUACAUGCGGUGAUUGAUGCCAUGCAGGGGGCGAGCACUAAGGGAGAGAACUCCACACAUCUGCAGCACGUCAUCAACUGUACACAGAAACUUGUCACUGCAGUGGUCACCUCACAAUUUGACACAUUAUGUGACCUGCUUGGUGCCAUCUGUGAUUUGAUCCUGCGCUGUCAGCCUGCCAUGCUGCCAUCUCUGGUACAAGUUGAAGAAUCCACUCUUGUUGUGCUAGGCACCUGCCUUAGAUCUCAUCUCAACCAAUGUCAGGUGCUUACAAUUGUUUCGGAAAAACUUCUCAACACAGCUCUUCUUGUUUUGAAUAAAACACACAGUCAAAGUUUGCUGGAUUUUUUAUUGGCCUGCCUUCUACAUGUAGAUCACAUGGAGACCUAUGCCACAUUUUUGGAACAUCAUGAUGAAGAUUCUGUGAAAUUUGGAAGAAAAUAUUUGGAAAACAGCCUGUCAUUAAUAGUAGCCAAUAGCUGUCAGCAGAGAGAUGGCUGGCCACGUGAAAGUUUUUUGGCUGGUUUUCUUAGAGCUUUUGUUCAACUCAACAAAUCCAACCCUAGGCUGUGCUUUGAGCUCCUGAGAUAUGUGGUGAAGCUGCUGACCACUUGUGAGCCAGUAGAAUUUGAUUGGAUGAAAUCCUUAGCUGACUGUGUUACUGCAUGUCAAGAUUGUGAUUUGACCUCAGGUGGAGACAGUGACCUGCUCAAGUGGUUUUUUGAUCUCACUGCAAGGGUGGUAGAAAAACACUGCUGUACCAAUUGGUUUGCCUACAUGCGUGCUGUCCUGGGCAUCAACCAUGUCGUUGUUGAAAAGUUCUGGAAGCAAGUCAUUGGCAGGAGUUUGUUAGCACAGCUGCCAGACCAUGAGACGGACACCAGGGACCUGUUUUUAGGGGAGCUAAUCCUGCUGUAUGUCAAACUUCGCCGUACAUCAGAUUUGCUUGACGUCAUAUUGAAGGUGGUGGUGGAAUGCCCGUCUACAAUGUCCAGCUUUAAAGUCUUGCCUCACUUUCACAAGAGUUUGUGUGUGAUGUUUAAUGAAGUGCCUCAGACCACUAUGCUGGAGCUCCUGGAAAAACUACACAAGUCUGCAACUGAUCUGGUCCGUCAAGCAACAGAAGAAACACCAGGACUGACAUGGACAUUGAGCCUAUUGUCCUGUUUGUUGACCAACUGCCGUCUGCUGGACCAAAGGUCAGGUGGUUUGCUCUACCAGAAGACACGACAGAUGUUGCAUUUGAUUGAGGCGGACAUCUUGACGCCUCUGUUCCAGAAGAAUGGUAACAAGAUGGCUGAGGCUAAAGAACUUCUCUCAACUUGGACGCUGGCCAAAAUUCUACAUUUUCCUCGAUGGAGAGAAAAUGUGGAAAAAGAUGAAUUGAAUGAUGUGCUGAGUUCUAAGUUAGUCCAGAAUAUGGAUCAGAAGGUCAAAGUUGAACUGGCCCUGCAGAGAACUAAGCUAGCUGGUUGUCAUAGAAACGUGCAGGAGAAUUACAAGCAGGAUUUGAAUAUCAAGCAACUUGUCUCGGAUCUCUUUAAUCUACCAGUACUCACUGAAACUAUGGUCUUCACAUUGUGGAGUCCACUGGAUGAUACCUGCAUUCUUCAAAAACCACUUGACAAUUUUAUACAAUUUAAGGAGUUGUUUCCCUUGAUUGGUGCUCACCUUGAAGACGAGAGCUUAGAGAAAUGUGUUGAUUUUAUUGUCAGAGUUCUUUCCCUCACACCAGACUCAUGCAAACUCAGACUGCCUGAGGAAACCAGUUUGAAUAAAGUGGCCACUCAGAUGACCAGCUUACACAGUGAGGUCCAGUCUUUCUUAGGCCAUCCAGCAACAUGUGAACAUGAGAGACUGACGCAAUUAUUGGCACACGCAAUCUGGAAGCAAAUACUGCAGCAAGUAGAACCCUCCAGCCCCAAGAAGAAAAAAAGGAAACAAGAGGCAGUGACUGAUGUUGUGGAGUUUUUGACUGAUGUAACAAUUCAUCAAUGUGUAUGUGACAUCUCUACAUUAAAGUUGGAGGUGAACUUCCAGCCACAUUUGACCCAACUGAUUUCAACAUUAGGGCGUCUGCACUUGGAAUAUCAACCUACAGUCAACUUGAAAUCUCAAGUUGGACUUCUCAUUCUACUCAAGAAUCUUAACCAAGAUGUGGCAGAUGAAGUACACCAUGCUAUCCAGCAACAGUUUAUUCGUGCGCUAUCCGUUCCCAACCUGACUUCUCUAUUUGAAUGUGUGCUUCCAACAGACUUGCUUACAUGUGUUCUGGAUAUCAGAUCUCAGAUGCUGGUGGGAGAUGAUGUUGUGGCUACUGUUGUGGCUGGCGUGAUGAAUGACCACAAAGCUGUCCUGGCCAUGUCAGAUUUCUCCCAAAUGAUGAUAACUGACGUGUUGAAAGAUUAUUCCAACCACAUAAAGCUUGUCACGAUGGCCAUGAUGCUGAACUCAUGUCAGAAGUAUUUAACCAAGCAAUAUCAUAUGAUAGCUGUCAAGGAUGCGGCUUUGAACAUUUUUUUUAACAUCUCUAAAUUCACUAUCAAACAUGGGAUGAAAUUUUUCCAAGAAGAUGCUCAUUCUAAGGGAGAGCCGGAGAGGGGAGGUGGUGUGAGCAGAGAGGCGAGAGAGGGGAUGAUUGAGUGCUUGAGUGCUGUCCUAACUUUGUGGUCUGCUCCACUGAUGGAGGACAAUACAAACAAGCGUCUGAAGGACAUGGUAGGACAAGUCCUGCCCGCUGUACUCACGCAACUCAAGGGGAAAGAAUCCUGUUUAAGAUUUCUUGAGGCGUGUUGUCUCUGUCAGCUGAGAGUUUCUUCUGACUUUGCCCUCCUGAGUCCAGAGCAGCUAGAAGAGAUUUGGCAAAGUUUGUUUGAUCUGUCCGCAACUUUCUUCUGCCACCCAGACUCCAGUGCUGAGCUACAUCCAGAGCUAGCAGGGAAGGUCAGAGGUCACACUGAUAAGCAGUGGCUGGGCAGGAGAGAGGCGUGGCCCAAACUCCUGGACCAACAGGUGGAAAUCUUAACUAGCCUUAUGGCCUGUUGGCCACGCCAGUUGUUGGACCAGAAGCUCCAAAUGUUCCUUCAUAUUUUGGUGCGCGGUGAGGUGCUGGAGUCUGUGUUUGUUGUGACAGCUGUGUGGAGAAGCCUGCUGAGAUCUGCGCUCUUGUCUGAGCCUCAGCUCAAAGAACUUUUCAAGCACAAUUAUCAGCUGAUGUGUGCCUUACUCUCUCUGUUGGACCAGCCUGAGGGUGUGGGCCAGCCAUUGACCUCCAGGAGGCGGCUGUUAUCACAGUUCAUUGUUGAGAGUUUAGCAGAUCUACUGGAACUGUCUCAAACACAGGUAACGCCUCAAAUGAUCACCCUGUGCCUGCACGCAGCCUUGACCUUGACAAUGAGAUCACCAGAUGACCUUAAGUCAGUGUACAGACUGAGUAACUCACUCUUGGUCUACCACACUGUGACAGCACUCACUCUCAUACCUGGACUUGUGGCCCUUGCAAACAAGCUACUCAAGACCUGCAUGCAGUUUGGUGGAGAAACCAAACUGGGAGAUGAUUCUCAAGAAUUAGCACAUUUGACAGAGUGCUCUAAUCUUGUUGCCAGACUGUUGACUUUGUUUUCCACGAGCACAUUUAGAAAUGAGCUGAGUAAAGUUGCUCACACCAUCAUUGGCACCUACAUCUUGGAACUACAGCAACAGCCCCUGCACACCCACAUCAAGAGAGCACUUGUUCCAGGCAUCUACAAACUCAUGAGCAUAUGUGAUAAGUUCCGCUUGACUGCCCUCAACUCCGCCCUGCCCCCUGGGGUCAAAGACACUUUUAAAGUCCUGCACCAAGACUAUGAGAAAUAUCAUCGCUACACGGGACUAGUCUAACUUGACACUGGACUAGUCUAACUUGACACUGGACUAGUCUAACUUGACACUGGACUAGUGUAACUUGACACUGGACUAGUCUAACUUGCCACUGGACUAGUCUAACUUGCCACUGGACUAGUCUAACUUGCCACUGGACUAGUCUAACUUGACACUGGAAAACAUGUCUGAUGUAAAUAAACCUGGCCACUUUCA